UUUGAGCUAGAUAAGACUAUGUUUACCGGACACAUGAACUCUCUGCUAGUGACCCUGUCCCUUCUGGUUACCACUAAAAGCCAGCCUGUCAUCGAUAAUAUCAACCAAAACUACUUCGCACAUAGGUGGUGUUCAAGAGCAUGCGCCUACUCAGACACGUGCUUUUAUAAAAACAAUGUUGUCACCUGUCUCCCCAGCUGUCCCAGAUCGUGUCCUACUAAGAAAAGCCCGGUAUGCGGGAGUGAUGGAGAAACUUAUUUAAACAAGUGCCUGUUGAAAAUGCGUAAUUGCCACCUGUCCAAAGAAAUCACGGUAGCUUCAAGAGGGGAAUGUCCAUCCAACAUACCGAUGUAUCCCGAAAUGAUAUGUGACAUGGACUGUUCAUACUUUGGGGCACAGCACGUGUGUGCUUCCGACGGAAACACCUACAGACACUCGCAUUUCUGCGAGGUAACCAAGGCUGCCUGCAAGAGAUCUGGCGAUUUUAAAAUUAAAUUCGUGCACUACGGACCUUGUCAAGAGAACGCGUGCAGUCAUGUGCGGUGUCCCUGGGGGCAAGUGUGCAAAGUUACAAUCCAGAGGGGACCCUCCUGUGUCUGUAACAGUGACUGUCCAGCAAAGCAGAGAGAAGUGUGCGCUGACGAUGGUAAAACUUACUAUAAUCAAUGCCAUUUGGAUGCUGAGAACUGCAUGACUCGAGGUUACAUUAGGAAAGUCAGCGACGGAUUUUGCAAUGCUUACGAUGACAGAAGAAGAAGAAUACACAGGGCUAGCGUAGCUUUUAGUCCGGAAUGAGCAGAUCCGGUUACCAUUUCUUGUUGACGAUGUCCGGAGCAAACAAAAAUCCGGACUCUCUAACUCCGAGAAGACCUCCAGAUAACUGUAAUAAAUGGCUCAAGAUAAAAAGGCAGCGUAACACGAGAAUUAUAGGACCUGCGAAGAAAGCUGCUACUGCAGACUGAUUACCAAUAUCAUAGCUUAUUAUAGCUAUGAGAAACAAAUGACUGAUAUCACAUGUGUGUGUAAAACUUAGUUUUUAGAUGAUGUUUUGAGAAUAGUACGUGGUGACGUUGCACGUGGUGACGUUGCACUUGAUGACGUUGCACGUGGUGACGUUGCACGUGGUGACGUUGCACGUGGUGACGUUGCACGUGGUGACGUUGCACGUGGUGACGUUGCACGUGGUGACGUUGCACGUGGUGACGUUGCACGUGGUGACGUUGCACGUGGUGACGUUGCACGUGGUGACGUUGUACAUGUGGCGGAAACACAACCAUGGAGCUCAUAAUUGUCGAGAAGGACGAUUAUAUUGCUCUAAUUUAAGACUGACGUGUUAUAUGCACAAAAGAUUCAGCUCUCCAUUUCUUUCUGAUAAAAUUGUUAACAUUAACAUUUAGAUUUAGUUUUCUAUUUUACGGGAAAUGAGUGACGUUUUCCUUUAUUUAUCAAUAUCAUUAGUUCAAUGGGUUUAGCGUUUUUUUCCCCAACAAAACGAGUGAGGACCUGCAGAUCAUAAAUUUUCGCUGAGUUAUUUUCUGUUAAUGAUUUAAAAGUUUUAAACAUUUUGAAAGACAUAAAAAAUAGCCGAUCGCUAAGAUCAUAAUAACUAAUAGGUCAGGAUUUAGCGAGGUCCGAUUAUAAACGUUUUUAUUAAAUAUUGUUCCUUUGAUGAACAUCUUUUUCUUGAUUUAUUCAUUAUUCAACUUAACGUUACCUCCCUUGCUGGAAGCCUGAACAAUAGAGCUUUAUGUUCAAUUACGACUAAAGAAAUUUAAUUGCUAUGAGUAAGGUUAUGAAAAGAAUUUCAUACUCUUAUCUUGUGAUGAUAUUAAGUUCCUUAUUUGGUUAGUAUUGAUAUUUUUCAAUUUAUAAUUCUGCAUAAGAUUUAAAUUUGUUUGACUGAUAUUAUUAUCACCUCCUCUAUAUAUCAUAAAAUAGUGGAAAUAGAAUAACAAAUAAAAACACUGAAACUUAAAAUUCAUGAUUGCUAUUAGUUAUAUUUGUGCAGGAGCAUUUAGUUUCUGCACGUUUUAGUUUUUACUGAUAGGCUAGGGGAUUUUAUAGCAGCAGUGUUUGAUAUAGUUUUCAGUUUUUGUAAGUAACGUUUACGCAUUUUAUAUAUCAUCGAAA